AUGUCACGGGCUGGCUUCUGGGAUCUCCGGCAGGACGAAACACCAACACCUCCACAACCACGACGAACUCCCGUCCAAACCUACCAUCGCAUCCAUCUGAGCAGCGCCAACAUUUCCCACCUGGACGGCAUCAGUACCCUCCCGCACCCAGCGACCCCCUCCUCUCGGGACAGAAAACGCAAAGCCCUACCCUCCCUCAAAACAAGCCACCAAGACCCCACCUACAAGAUGCGUUUCCUCCAGAUCAUCGCCGCUCCCCUCUUCAUCCUGCUCCAGGCAACCGAGGCCAAGAUCACCGGCAGGCCCAGGACCUCGCCCGCCGUCGUCUACUCUCCCGCGGAGGAGAAGUGGCCCCGCGAGGCCGCCCGGGCCGCCGGCAGAAUCAGCGAGACGUGCAGCGAGUGCCUGAUGACGGACGGCUGGAUCCCCGACUCUCGCCACGGCUCCGUCCUUCAGUGCUACUGCAUUGACGACGGUGGCUGGUACCACACGGCGUACAUUUGGCUCGACAGAAAGAUUGGCAACAACAACGGCCAGCUCAUUUGGAACUCGUCCAAGUUCUUCGAGACCUGCGACAACCAGGAGAUCCUCGACAACCACAUCCUCCAGGCGACCUGCGCCCGGUCCGACGGAACCAGGCCCCUGAGCAAGCUCGACCUCGAGGCGUACAUCGAGGUCAACCAGGUUGGCGAUUUCAUGGUCAUCCCGGUGGCGGGAGCCCCACCACCGGCUUAA